GUACAAAAUUACUAAAAAGUCGUAACGAUAAGUUGUACCCGAAAAUGAUCAAGCAAAAAAGCAGGAGUGGCUGUGGGUGUUGUAGUUUCGGUUGUUCGGAACAACGCUGUGAGAUCUAAGUGUUCUUGCCAAAAUGGGAACUUGUACCCAAAUCUCAGUCGGCACCAGCAGUUCUGAAUAUUAAUAUUAUACCGAACGCUGCCAACAGUACUUUCUUUCAUUAUAGUUGUGGGGUUCUGUGGGUGCAGAAGUGGGAGACACAAGGACGAGGGAGCACAUCGAUCUUGAACAGAGAAAACUGUUUACAUUUGGAUAAUCGUAUGGGAAAUUGGGAAUAUAAAUACGAUGGCAAAUGUGGACGAAUUGCGGAGGCGCAUCCUGGGCAGCGGGAUCUCAUCACGUACAGUUCCAGUAAAUCAGGAAUGUGGUACAGAAUCGGGAUCGGACACCGGAGAUCCAAAUACAGAGCCGCUUGAAAAGUUGUUGAUGGGAUCUGACACAGAUCAGCGGCGGAAAUCGUUGGAUGAACGUAUUGUAAAGAAUGUUUUUGCUGAAACGUUGCAACUUAAAGCUGUAGAUUUACGAAACAGAUAUGUGGAUUCUAUGGACAAGGAGCUUGCUAAGGUGUUUGAGAGUUUCAUUUUGGAAGCGUCCAAAAAAACGGAACCUCUCCCACACAACACAUCUUUUAGCAAUAUUCAGUCUGGGAAGAAAACACACGGAGAACGGGGUCAAUUGACUAGAAAAGAAUUUGUUCCCAGAAAUUCUAUGCUUACAGAUUUGUUCGAAAUUCCCCACAUCCAGACCAUACAAUAUGUUUUCAUUGCUGUUCUGAUAAUAUUUGGAAUUCAUACGAUUAUGAAUGACAUUUUUGAUUACGGCACGAUCGGAGUAGAUUUGCAUAUCUGGGUGUGGGCCUUUGGGAAAUUCCCUUACGUAGUGACCACUUGGUGUACCAUGCAGGGAGUUGCUUUGCUUGGGGUUUAUCUUGCCUUGUGCUGUUGGGCAACUUACCGUGGGUCUUCACCUAACCGAAAUAUAGUGGAUUAUGUAUUUUUGGCGUGUUAUGUUUGCUACCAGCUGGUAUUCGCGGCGAUUCCGCUGUAUGUAGUGAACCACUGGGAACUGCCACCUGCUUCCGCUAGCAUCGUUGUUGCCGAACAAGUUCGAUUUAUGAUGAAAUCCCAUGCAUUUGUGAGGGAAAAGAUCCCAGAUAUCACCAAGGCCACAGUGCAGAAGGAUGUGGAUCCUUAUCCAAAUUUGGGCAACUAUGUGUAUUUCCAGUUUGUUCCGACUUUGGUAUACAGGGAUAAUUAUCCACGAACCAAAGAAAUUCGGUGGAACUUUGUUUUUUUGAACUUUGCCCAUGUUAUCGGGGGAAUAGCAUAUUGUUAUUACGUGUUUGUUAGAUUUUGUGUGCCGGUGUUCCGGAAUUUUAAUCACGAACAUGUUAAUUUCAAAACCUUUAUGCGGUCGAUUUUUGACUGCAUUCUCCCGGGAAGUUUGAAUUUGUUGGUUGUGUUUUAUGGAUUCCUACAUGCAUGGAUGAAUGCAUGGGCUGAAAUGCUGCGAUUUGCGGACCGCCUGUUUUACAAGGACUGGUGGAAUUGCACCUCUUUUGCCAGCUAUUAUCGUACUUGGAAUGGUGUAGUUCACGAUUGGCUGUAUACGUAUGUUUAUUCGGACAUAUACAGGCUAGGCGGUCCGGCUUACCGAAACCUGGCCUUGUUUGUCACCUUUGUGCUCUCUGCCUUGGUUCAUGAGUAUAUUAUCUGCUGUUUGUUAAGGAUAUUUUACCCGGUGAUGUUCGUCAUGUUCGGUGGAUUUGGUGUGUGGAUGUUUUUUGCAUCGUAUGGACGACAGUCUCGACCGUGGAAUGUUCUGUUAUGGUUCGGACUGUUCGUUGGACAGGGAAUCUUUUUGUGCUUGUACAGCUGUGAAUACUAUGCCAGGUAUAACUGUCCCCCGACCACUGAUGGCUUCCUGGAUUAUAUCAUUCCGCGAUCUUGGAAUUGCUACGUUAUUCAACCGGUUAUCAAUUCUACGCUUUCCCGUUCGUGAUAUUUUUAAAGAAAUAAUUAUUUAAUCCCGUUAUGGAUGAAUUUAUGGCAGCUUUCCAUGCAUGAAUUUAUGAACAAAGGAGCAGCUUUAUGCGCAGCAGCUAUAAUGGGUGUUUAGCGGAUGGCACUCAUGGCAGUGAUAUUUUAAAUUUGAGUUGUAAGUUUUUAUGGUUUCUUAGGUUUAAAUUAUUUUCUGUUGUAGUCACGCCGCAUAUGGGUGCGAAUUGUGGUAAUAUUGAUAUUGACCUUUUGAGGCUUUCGUGUGCUUUUUACUUCAGAGUACUUGUAGUACAAGUUGGUGUAGAAAGUUGCCGACUUAAGAGCAGUGUUUAUAUAAAAACUGUGUACAAAUUUCUGCCUUC